AUGAAGCACCUCGCAGCUUACCUUCUUCUUACCCUCGGCGGUAACGAGUCCCCCUCCGCCAAGGACAUCAGCGGCGUCCUCUCUGCCGUCGGCAUUGAGGCCGACGAUGAGCGCGUCAAGACUCUCCUCUCCGAGCUCAAGGGCAAGGACAUCAACGAGGCGCUUGUCGACGAAUUGAACCGUUCCUGCGAAAACACGGCGGUGCUCGGCCUCGCAGGGAAGGACAUUCGCUACAAGACAGCCUCCCCCCCUCUCGCGGCACACGCAUACAUGCUGAUCUCCGAGGGUGCCAGCAAGCUCGCCUCCGUUCCCUCUGGCGGCGGUGGCGGUGCUGCUGCCGCUGGUGGUGCCGCUGCUGCUGGUGCUGCCGAUGCUCCCGCUGCUGAGGAGAAGGAGGAGGAGAAGGAAGAGUCCGAUGAGGAUAUGGGAUUCGGUCUGUUCGACUAA